UGCUUGGCGGUGUGCUCCCUGGUGUGUCUGCUCAUUUCGCUUUGCUCUCGGGAGAGAGAGCUAAGAGGACUGGGGUUCUCUCGUCGCAGGUUGAGAAGUCCACAUGGGAUGGGGAGGAAUUACAAUGUAAGGUAUACCUUACCUGCAUUGCUUGUGGGGUCCAAAGUCAGGUCAGCCGCCUGGGCGAACCCCUGGAUUCUUCUCUUCCGUUCGUCUCUUGUUCUUCCACUCCCGCGCCGUCUCCAUCUUACGCCCCCGCAACACGAACAGUGGCCGGGAAGACCGUGGGUGGGAGGUGGCAUGGAUAUAUCAACGUCUAAUCAGUCAGCCAGCGGAUGA